AUGCUGCUCCCAUCCGCGUUCUCGUGCGAUGGCGGCAUGCAGUCCCAGUCAAGACUUCAAAGACCGAAGCUGCCAUCCUUCGGCGCAUAUGAACCCCAGAGCUCUACAAAUGCGCGCCCGAGCCCACUGUCUUCGAGUUGUCGCGCCCUCCAGGCCAUUCUCGGAGCGCCUGGCGCAAUCCAGCACGCACGAGCGACUCAGCCGGUGGAGUUGGGGAAUCCCUUCGCGCUCAUUGAAGAGAGCGCUCCCAAAGAAGCACAAAUACCGCCUCCCAGACGCGCGAAUAAGCGACGGCGCAGUGAUUUUGAAGAGGACAUGAUCCCCGCUCCAUCUACAGAUGUAAUCAUGCAAGAUUGUCAACGGACACCGCAACCAAUUCGAACUCCUAAAAGGCGACGAAAGGUCCCCCUGUCCAUGCCCAUGGGUCUUUCAGCGGAUGACUUCAGGGCGCUGGAGACACCCCAGGACGAGGUAGAGCUCGACAUGCCCGCAGUCAGCCCUCACAACCACGUACCCUCAGACCAAGAUUCGGCCUACGGGUCAUCUCCAUCGGUGGACGACGCAGACUGGACCGAAGACGAUGACCGAGUGCUGGUAGAGACAGUGCUCGAAAAGCUCAAACUGUCAAAACGCGAUUGGAAUGACUGCGCAAGGAAACUGGGCAAGGACAGAGACAGCCUUGGGAGAAGGUGGAGCUUGCUAGUGGGAGAGGGCAAUGUCGGCUUGAGGAGAGGUGGUAGAGUCUCGAGGACAAAUUUGGACAUUUCGAGUUGGUGA